AUGUCAGACUCGAAGCCCAUGGUUACCCCGCCUACCGACUGGAUGGAUGAUCCGACUCCGCUGAGCACUGGCCGUCUUCUUGGUAAGGUGGCAGUGGUAACGGGUGCUUCAUCGGGUUUUGGCAGAGCCAUUGCGUUCCGAUUCUCAAAAGAAGGUGCCAAAGUCGUGUGCGCAGAUAUCAAGGAGGACCCUGGCACGGGGGGUUCCCGGGACGCUGAUAAAGGUUUUCGGACAGACAAAUAUAUCACCAGCAAAGGCGGACAGGCAAUUUUCGUCAAGGUUGAUGUCAGCGACUCGGCACAAAUGGACCAGAUGAUUGCCAGGGCAGUCGCUGAAUACGGCCAACUGCAUAUCAUGGUCAACAAUGCGGGCAUAUGUCCCGAGGCGCAAGCACCCAAUGCCGGCAAACUCCUGUACGACCUCGACGAUGAGGUCUUUGACAAGACUAUGAGGGUAAAUAGUCGAUCGGUAUUCCUGGGAUGCAAAUAUGUGAUUCGUCAGUUUCUUAAACAGGAUGUGUUAUCUUCGGGUGACAGAGGGUGGAUCGUCAACAUCGGCUCUACGGCGUCGUUGACGGCCGAUGUUGGCAUUGGUUAG